UCCCUUUGGACUUGCGUGUCAACAUGGCGGCUUCCAUGGCAUCCCAGGCUGCAGCGAAAGGACUGAGGAUAGCUACUUCAAAGCACAUACUUCUCGACAAAGUGAAGUGCACCUGUUUAAGUUCCAGGAGAUGGCUGAAUCUCCAAGAGUACCAGAGCAAGAAGCUGAUGCAAGAGAGUGGCGUGGCUGUCCAACGCUUCUAUGUGGCUGACACAGCUUCUGAGGCACUGGAGGCUGCAAAGAGACUCAAUGCCAAAGAGAUCGUGCUGAAAGCUCAGAUUCUGGCCGGGGGCAGAGGCAAGGGUGUGUUCGACAGUGGCCUUAAAGGUGGAGUGCACUUAACGAAGGACCCUGCUAUCGUUGGUGAGCUGGCCAAUAAGAUGCUGGGUUUCAACCUGACUACUAAGCAGACACCAAAAGAGGGAGUGAAAGUGAAAACGGUGAUGGUUGCUGAGGCCCUGGAUAUUACUAGGGAGACGUACUUUGCCAUCCUAAUGGACCGUUCCUGCAACGGUCCUGUUAUGGUAGGAAGCCCACAGGGUGGUAUGGAUAUCGAGGAGGUGGCUGCUAGCACCCCAGAACUCAUCUUUAAGGAAGCCAUAGAUAUCUUUGAAGGCGUGCGAGAUGACCAGGCACUUGGCAUGGCAGCUAAUUUGGGUUUCAAAGGAGAUCUGCAGAGACAGGCAGCAGAUCAGAUUAAGAGGCUCUAUGAUCUGUUCCUGAAAGUCGACGCCACUCAAGUUGAAGUCAAUCCUCUCGGAGAGACUCCCGAAGGACAAGUGGUUUGCUUUGAUGCUAAGAUCAACUUUGACGACAACGCCGAGUUCCGUCAGAAAGCCGUGUUUGCCAUGGACGACAUGACCGAGGCCGACCCCACGGAGAUGGCAGCAGCAAAGUGGGAUCUUAAAUACAUCGGACUGGAUGGAAACAUCGCCUGCUUUGUGAAUGGCGCUGGUUUGGCCAUGGCCACGUGUGACAUCAUUGACCUGCAUGGAGGAAAACCAGCAAACUUCCUGGACCUGGGUGGUGGAGUCAAAGAGAGGCAGGUGUAUGAGGCCUUUAAGCUGCUCACUGCUGACCCAAAGGUUGAAGCCAUCCUGGUCAACAUCUUCGGGGGCAUUGUCAACUGUGCCAUCAUUGCCAAUGGCAUCACCAAAGCUUGCCGAGAGCUGGAGCUCAAGGUGCCACUGGUGGUCAGGUUGGAAGGGACCAACGUCCACGAGGCCAAGAGGAUCCUGACUGAGAGCGGCCUGCCCAUCACGGCAGCAGAUGACCUGGAUGACGCUGCUAAGAAAGCUGUGGCGGCCAUCAAGAAAUAGAGAAUUCCGAGUAACCUCUCUAUGCGCUCUUCGCCUGUCACCAACCUUCAUUGCAGCCUCAGCGCUGCACCAUCAGCCUCGUCUUCCACAUGCAGACCUGCGAAACCUCAAGCCUUUGCUUUCAUGCUGUCGGCCUUUAUAUUUUGAUUUAACACCAGCGUACAUUUCUUACUUUGAUUGCCAGCUGAGAUCCAUAUCACAGUUUCUUACAUGAUUCUGCUAUUGCACUCAUUUCCUUUCUGCAGAUCAGAUUAGCUGCUUUUAAUUUCUGUAACCAUUAAGUGUAUAUUAUUUAGGAAAAGCCACUAAGAUACUGAGAAUUAUUUUACAUAUUGAAAGGACGCCCAACACUUUGUCCAUUCCAUUUUCCAAGGCAAGCUUAAAGCCUUCUUGUGCAUGUUGUUUUUUUUUGGGGGGGGGGGGGUGUUUGUGGAAUAUGAAAUGAGAAAAGCAUUUUCCAUUUUCACGUCCAGCCUCGACCUGCACCAAGUCAAAGCCAUGUUAUCGCACACCGUUCAUAAUAUCAGAAAUGAAUGGAAGCAUCAGGCAGCAAACACUUUAUACUUCAUUGUUAAAGUUGGUUAUGAAGACUCAUCUGUGUUUCAAAUGAAGUAGAUGGUGCACUCACUCUGAAUUUAUGCAUCGUGUCUUAUUUAUAAAGUGCUGCUGUGAGACAGUCCAUUAUCUGCUUUAAUCUGUGCCUAUCAAAUGAAGGCUAAUGGGGAGCUCUCUUUCUUACUUCUGGCAAUAAUUUCUUACACAGCUGUUGGGAAAAUGAAUUUUUUUAAAAAAUUGUACUUUUUUUUUUUUUUUUUUUAUAAUCAUGAAUGGAUGUUGACAGGAUGUCUGAAAUACAGUGCCAAAACUGUGUAUGUAAUUUGU